CGCGUUCUUCUUUCUCCUGGUGUCAGCCCACAGCGCGUUUGAAGCGGAGAUGGCAGACGAUCUCGGAGACGAGUGGUGGAAAAACCAGCCGUCAGGAGGAGCUAGCAGUCCAGAUUGUUUGUACAUUUGGCUCCGUAUUCAGUGUGAACUACAGAAGAUGGCUUGAUUACUGCCACUAGGAAAUAGCUGCCUUGGAGAAGUUGCUGCUGGGAGAAGCAUCAGAUGGUGAUGGAGGAGGUGACACUGAAAUGAUGCAGCAGGAGACUGCUCCAAUUCCUUCCCUGUCAAAGAAAGGCAAACAGCCUAAAGAAUGUUUCUUUAUCCAAACAAAGGAAACAAAAGAAGAUGCCACCAAGACCAGGAGGAAGAGAAAGAAGAAAAUUACUGAUAUUCUUGCAAAGUCAGAACCAAAACCAGGGACACCUGAAGACUUACAGAAGCUGAUGAAGGACUAUUAUAGCAGCAGUCGCUCAGUGAUUGAAUUAGAAGAACUGAAUCUACCAGACUCCUGUUUCCUCAAGGCCAAUGACUUGACUCACAGUCUUUCGUCAUAUCUAAAAGAAAUCUGCCCUAAAUGGGUAAAACUUUGGAAAAACCACAGCGAGAAGAAAUCAGUCCUGAUGCUGAUCAUCUGCAGUUCUGCCAUCCGAGCCCUGGAGAUCAUUAGGUCGAUGACAGCAUUCAGAGGAGACAGCAAAGUUAUGAAAUUAUUUGCCAAACACAUAAAAAUUCAGGAGCAAGUAAAGUUGCUGGAGAAGCGUGUGGUACAUCUGGGUAUAGGAACUCCAGGAAGAAUUAAAGAACUAGUUAAACAAGGUGGCCUUAAUUUGAACCCAUUAAAAUUUCUGGUUUUUGACUGGAACUGGAGAGAUCAGAAGUUGAGGAGACUGAUGGACAUUCCCGAGAUAAAAAAGGAGGUUUUUGAACUUCUGGAAAUGGGAAUACUCAGUCUGUGCAAGUCAGAGUCUUUGAAGCUGGGCCUUUUCUAAGGCUGAGUCUGAAUGAAGAUUCCAUUUUUAACGGUGGAAUUUGUAUCUCUGUUUAAUGAUUGGUACAUUGGGAGCACUCAGUAAAUAUCGGCUAUUAUUUUAUUACAUUAACUGCAUCACCAAAUGGAUGACUGGGAAUACUGGGCUUUGGGGAUUCUUUGAUAGAAAUGGAUCUUUUUGCCAACUCCCUUCUUUGUAUAAUAAAGUAUCACCAGUU